AUGACCCUGAAACAGUGGCUGGGAGUAGGUUUCGGAGUCGUGAAUGGCCUCGGCCUCGUUCUCAACAUCGUCGUCCUGCGACCUGUCUACAUUCUGGGAUUCGUCCAGAAGAAAAGCCCUAUAUACAUCAUUUCGCUGGUGAACAUCAUGAACGACAUCAUCCAUUUGUCGCUCGCCUUUUUUUACCUGGUGCCCUGUAUUUUGACAGAGGUUUGUCCGUUCCUUCAGGAGUUCCAAGCUGCAAAUUCCACCGAAGUUCUCAACUAACUAGCCAUUUUGAAGAGCUGGCUGUUCGAAGAAGGACAGACGAGUGUGUACGCUGAACUGAUCUCCUCCAUGUUCAUGUUCGCUUGGUACACGGGCUGUCUGACGCAGAUCCUGAUGGCCAUCAACAGGCAUUUUUCUGUAAAAGGCGUGGUGCAACCAGAAACAAUUCAGACUUGUGGUCAUCUGCUGCCGAGGCAACAACUUCUUCUCGCACAAAAACACGAUUUGCUUGUUCGUGGCCUCAACUCCACUCUUGUUGUUUGCGACCUGGCUAGCUCAAUACGGAUUCAGCUGUUGCAAGUUUGUCCCGAUUUGUUGAGAAAUUUCAUCUAGUUGAAGAUAGAGCAAUUUGUGAGAUGUAUCAUCGGGAAAAACAAUUGAAAUUAAUUUAUGACUUCUCAAAAAGGUCUCUUUAAAUAUGAUCUUUUAUCCAAGUUCUCAUUUUUGUUUUCAGGUUCUCAUUCGACCACAGGUAUCUGUCCUACUCGUACGUGCAGAUCGAAGGUCUCCCCAACUACUCGAAUCAGUUCAUCGACCUCUGGCUCAACUCCACCACCACGGGGAUCGCCGUGAUCAGCUACACCAUUGUUGGUUUUGAAAAUCUUUCCGAAAAAAUAAUAUUUUCUGUCAAUUUGAAACAAAACUGACGUCAGAUCUUCGUCUCGGUGCGCAGUACAUCGAAAACGGUCGUUCUGAAUAUGUCGGCUGAGCAGCGUCGUUCUCGUCGAGUCAAAGAGUACAGGUUAGCUUUCGACCAGUUCUGAACUCCGUUUUCUACUUUCAAAGGUCAAAGAAUAGUUUUAUUAAAGCGGAAAAAAAAUGGAAAAGUAGAGUCCGAUGAAAAUUUCAUAAGAAAGAAGUAUAGCGUCCAAAAGUCCUGGAGAUAAUAUUCAUCUUUAAAAUGUCUCAAACUUGAAAAAACCUCCAAAAAAAAAAAUCGACUUCUUUAAAAAAAUAUUCUUUUCUUUUUAGCGGCGGGGAGGAAAAGAAUAAUAACGGGAAAUUGGGAGUAAAUUUUCAUAAAGUAACCCACUAGGUAUAAGAUAUUUGACUCUUAGUUCCAUAUUUAUUUCUGGUAGUUGAUUCAAUAAACUUUGGCAAAAGAGCAACUCGAUAAAUAGAAAAGACCUACAAGUCAAAGUCGAACCUUACAGCUACGCGGUGCAGUUCUUCUUGAUUUCCGUGUUCUACACGUUCAGCUGGGUUGCCUUCCGAGUGUUUCCGAUCCUGAUUGGGGAAUCUCGCGUCGAAUGGUUCGUUCUCAUCUCUCUCUGCGUCUCCAUCAACAGCAUCGCCAACGCUUUGAUCUACGUUUUGACCAACAAGGAGGUCGAGUUUUUAUUGAUAUUUCUCUUUUCAAAGAAUCUCAUUUCAGGUUCAAAACCAGAUCCUCGCUUUGGGAACAAAGUUGUCCCACAUAAACAGCACCCACAACGGCAAUACCUCCUACGCCAAUCAUCCAACUGCUCCUUCUGUUUCGAAUUAA